UAGAACUGUAUAGUAGCUUUGAACAGAACGCCGAAGAAAUGCGCUGUAUCUUAGCUUGUCUCGCCAGCAUUGUGGGCCUAGUGCUCGUUGCUGGACAAAUUUUGGAACCAGCACAGGAAGUGAAAUAUGCCGAUCAAGUAUUUUUGGAACGGCAGAAAUUUCUAUUCGAAAUAGUGCAUCGCAUUGAGAACCCGCUGUUGUUCGAAGAAUAUCUAAAAUACGCGAAGGAUUUCCAAUUCAAUAAAGCGGAUUAUACGCAAUAUGAUCACUAUAUGGAGUUAUUCGUGCGCGCCUACAAGGCAGACUACCUGCUACCGCGUGGUGAAUUCUUUGGCGUUUUGGUGAAAUCGCAUUUAACGCAAGUUUGGGGACUCUUCAAUCACUUCUACUACGCCAAGGACUUUGCGACAUUCCAGCGCAUUGUCAGCUGGGCGCGUGUGCACGUAAGCGAAGGCAUGUUCGUGUAUGCGCUCAACUUGGCCGUGGUACAUCGUGACGACUGCGCGGGUCUUAUUUUGCCAACGAUCUACGAGAUAUUGCCGCAGCACUUUUUCACCAGUAAACUAGUGUAUGAAGCGCAAAAAUUCGAUUUCGAUGUGUGGAACAAGCAGAUUAUGUACGAGAAGGAGUACAAGGACUUCCUGUAUCAGGAUAAUAAGGUGGCUUAUAAUGAUUACGCGCAUAUUUACACCAAAGAUUGGAAAACAUGGCAAUGGUGGAAGAUGAUGGGUUUGGCCGAGCAUUGGUAUGCGGUAGAUGGCGCGCAUGUGUUGAGUGGUGGUGAUAGCUUCGCUGCUGAUAUCUACAAGGAUACACACAUUUACUUUAUGCCCACCGAUUACACGCGCAAUGUCGACUACUAUAAUGAACAUGCCAAAUUAUCGUACUUCACCGAGGAUGUGGAGUGGAAUGCCUAUUGGUACUACGCGCAUCUGGAUUAUGCCUACUUCUUGAACAGCAGCCAAUAUGACUUUGCGUCGGAGCGACGCGGCGAAUAUUGGGCGCACAAUACACAAACAAUGUUGGCGCGUUACUAUUGGGAGCGUUUGACGCAGGAGCUCGGCGAAAUACCCGAAUAUUCGGCGGGUAGUGUUUACGAAACGGGCUAUCAAUCGCAAUUGCACAGUUACAACGGCAUAGCGUUCGGUUAUCGUGAGAACGACUACGAUAAUCAGCGUUAUACGAAUUUCGAUCAAUUCAAUCGUUUCAUGUUUUACUAUCGACGCGUGACGCUACUACUCGAACAGGGACACAUCACCACCAGCAAUGGUACGGUGAUUGAUUUGCGCAAACCCGAGUCAAUUGAGGUUAUGUCGAAUUUGUUGGAGGGUAAUGCUGAUCUCUUCGACUCUUACUUCCAAAAUUAUUGGCGUGUGCUAUCGCAUACGUAUUUUGCUGGCGCCGAUGCUGAUGCUGUGCAUGUGUUACCACAUAUUUUCAUUAAUUAUGAAACCAUGUACCGUGAUCCAUUCACCUACAGUUAUUACAAACGCUUCUAUCAGGUGUUGUUGAAAUUUAGUAACCUGCUACAGGCUUACACGAAAGCCGACAUGUUGCUGCCCGGCGUUAGCAUAACGGAUGUACAAGUGAGUGAGCUAUUGACCUACUUCGAUUACAGCGAUUUUGAUGUGAGCUCCUUGUUGAAUGACAAAAUGGUUUUCGUUGAUGGUGAAUAUGUUUGGAAUAAAAUGUUGUUGGCACGUCAACAGCGACUCAAUCACAAGCCCUUCACAUUGGAUUACAAAAUUGUCGCUGAUAAGCCGCAAAAGGUUGUCGUACGCGCCUUCCUCGGUCCCAAGUAUGACUCGAAUAGACGUGUGCUGUCUUUGGCGCAAAAUCGUGAGAAUUUCAUUGAAAUUGAUGAGUUCAUCUAUCAGCUUGCCGCUGGCGAGAACCAAAUUAAACGCAGCUCACGCGACUUCUACUGGACCAACGAUGAGCGCAGCACUUACACCGCGCUCUACAAGUCGGUUAUGCUCGCUAUUGAGGGUAAACAGCAAUUCGCUUUGAAUGCCACACAGCCGCACUGCGGCUUCCCCGAUCGUUUGCUGUUGCCGCAAGGUUGGUCGAAGGGUUUCCCCAUGCAGCUGUUCUUCUUUGUGGCGCCAUAUCAGGGCGCACAUGCUCACUUCCCCAGUCAGGAAUAUAAUUCUUUCAGCUGUGGCAUCGGCUCGGGUAAACGCUAUAUUGAUGAUAAGCCUUUUAACUAUCCUUUCGAUCGCCCGAUCGAUGAAGUUGAGUUCUUUGUGCCGAACAUGUUGUUGAAGAAUGUUAAGGUGUACCAUGAGGACAAGUUGGAGAAGUACCAAGAGCAUAAUUAUGCCAAUUACGGUAGCUUUGAUUAUUCGAAUUGAAUGAUUUAAUAUAAUAUGUAAAAUGUAGAGGAUUGAAGAAAUUUUGUUAAAAUAAAUAUAAUUUUUUCUUGUUUUUAAUA